AUGCUGGCCAGAGCAUUGCUGGAUUCAUGCUCGCAGUAUUGCUUCGUCACAUCCGAUUUCUGUCGACGAAUGAACCUAAAGGAAUUCCCGAACCACCUGACGGUGAAGGGAAUCGGAGGCUCCGCAAGCGUCUCCCAAAGGACUGUGAGUGGCACGGUCAGUCCACGCUUCGCAAGCAUCUCCAAUUCCGAGAAAGCAAUGCAUUUCAACGUGCUGCCGAAGCUGACGACUCCGCUACCAUGCGAAGGGUUCGACGUCAGCAGGUGGAAUCUACCAGAUCGCAUCGUGUUAGCAGAUCCCGAGUUCUACCAAACGUCGGACAUCGACAUGAUCAUCGGUGCCGAGUACUACCUCGAUCUGCUGCAGGAGGAAAGAUUCCGACCGAGCGAAGAUGGACCAACAUUCCAAAACACGGUAUUUGGUUGGAUCGUGUCUGGCCGUAUCUCCAAAGCUACUGCGUCCGUUCAAGUGACUGCCACCACACUGUGUUCUACGGCGGAGCCCCAAGGCCGAGAACCGUUGCCGAGGAAGCAGAGCAUCGUGGCACAGUUGAGAGAUUCCAGGAAGAGUGCCGAAAGGAUAUUCAUGAGCUUGGAGAGAAGAUUCGCUGCAAGCCCGCAGCUGAAGAAGCAACAUUUGAGACCUCUCGAAUCUAUCAGCAUCCCGCGAUGGGUCCGUUUCGCCAAGGACUCGAUAUCCACCCAAUAG